CCGCCGCCCUCCCCGCCCCUCCUCUGCGCUGCUGCUCGUCCUCCCCGCUCCUCCUCUGCGCUGCUGCUCUUCCACUCCCGCUCCUGCUCGCCGCCGCUCUGCUCCCCGCAGCUUCCCGGCCGCGCAGCCAUGGCCGACAUCAAGACGGGCAUCUUCGCCAAGAACGUCCAGAAGCGACUCAACCGCGCGCAAGAGAAGGUUCUUCAGAAGCUGGGGAAAGCUGAUGAGACAAAAGAUGAACAGUUUGAAGAGUAUGUCCAGAACUUCAAACGGCAAGAGGCAGAGGGUACCAGACUUCAGCGAGAACUCCGAGGAUAUUUAGCAGCUAUCAAAGGCAUGCAAGAAGCCUCGAUGAAGCUCACUGAGUCGCUGCACGAAGUCUAUGAGCCUGACUGGUACGGGCGGGAAGAUGUGAAAAUGGUCGGAGAGAAAUGUGAUGUGCUCUGGGAGGACUUCCAUCAAAAGCUAGUAGAUGGGUCCUUGCUGACACUGGAUACCUAUCUGGGCCAAUUUCCGGACAUAAAGAAUCGCAUUGCAAAGCGCAGUAGGAAGCUGGUGGACUAUGACAGUGCUCGCCACCAUCUGGAAGCUUUGCAGAGCUCCAAAAGGAAGGAUGAAAGUCGAAUCUCUAAGGCAGAAGAAGAAUUUCAGAAAGCACAGAAAGUAUUUGAAGAGUUUAAUGUUGACUUACAAGAAGAGUUACCAUCUUUAUGGUCAAGACGGGUUGGAUUUUAUGUCAACACUUUCAAAAAUGUCUCUAGCCUUGAGGCCAAGUUUCAUAAGGAGAUUGCAGUGCUUUGCCACAGACUGUAUGAAGUGAUGACGAAGCUGGGAGAUGAGCACGCCGACAAGGCCUUCACCAUUCAAGGAGCUCCCAGUGACUCUGGCCCUCUCCGCAUCGCCAAGACACCUUCACCACCAGAGGAGGCUUCUCCCCUGCCCAGCCCCACAGCUAGUCCCAACCACACGCUGGCACCUGCGUCUCCCGCACCGGCCAGGCCCAGGUCACCCUCACAGACAAGGAAAGGGCCUCCUCUUCCUCCUCUGCCUAAAGUCACCCCGACGAAGGAGCUGCAGCAAGAGAACAUCAUCAGUUUCUUUGAGGACAACUUUGUUCCUGAAAUCAACGUGACAACACCUUCCCAGAAUGAAAUCCCUGAGGUGAAGAAAGAGGAGACUUUGCUGGACCUGGACUUUGACCCUUUCAGGCCCGAGGUAGCAUCCGCGGCUUCUGCGGGAGUGACCCAUUCACCCAUGUCCCAGACAUUGCCCUGGGACCUAUGGACGACAAGCACUGAUGUGGUACAACCGGCUUCUGGGGGCUCAUUUAAUGGAUUCACCCAGCCCCAGGACACUUCACUAUUCACAGUGCAGACAGACCAGAGUGUGAUCUCUAACUUGGCUGAAUCUGAACAGGCUCCCCCAACAGAGCCGAAAGCAGAGGAGCCCCCUGCUGCCGUGGCCCCUGCCGUUGGGCUGGACACUGGACCAGACGCCGGGGCUGAGCAGCCAGUGGAGGGGGCUGUGACCACAGCCGGAGCCGCCGCCGAGGGGGCUGUCGGCACCCCGGCCGAGGCGGCCCCUGCGGAGGAGGCAGAGGCCUACAAGGCGGCCCUUCCCCCGGCGGGAGGAGCUGGGUUAGAGGAGGCCCGGACCGAGGCCGGCGCCGCAGAGGCUGGAGACGGGGACGGGUCCCAGCCGGAGGAAACCGAAGCCGCAGCGCCGCAGGAGAAGGUCAUCCCUUCUGUCGUCAUACAGCCAGCCUCCAACAACGAAGGGGAGGGAGAACACGAAAUAUCUGUAGGUGCAGAACCCAAGGAGGUGACCGAGGUCGCAGCUCACCCGGGCCCCAGCGGCGACACACCCGAGCCGGCCACGGAGCAGAGGGGAGGCGGGGACUCCCAGACGGCGGCCACCACUCCGUCUGCAAACGAGGCCUCUCAGGAGCUGCCUGCCGGCUUUCUCUACAAGGUGGAAACACUACACGACUUCGAGGCAGCAAACUCAGAUGAACUGACCUUACAAAGGGGUGAUGUGGUGCUGGUGGUCCCCUCAGAUUCAGAAGCCGACCAGGAUGCAGGCUGGCUAGUAGGAGUGAAAGAAUCUGACUGGCUUCAGUACAGAGACCUUGCCACCUACAAAGGCCUCUUUCCAGAGAACUUCACCCGGCGCCUGGAUUAGGGCCAAAGUAUUCUAGGUUUUUAAACCUUCAUGAAAACCUGAAGCACUCACUUUUGCUAUUACACUCUUAAUGAUUUACAGGCUGAUGCCAGACAAAGCUUGAGAAGAUUUAUCAAUGGAGCAUGUGUGCAAAAAAAUGUCAGAGAAAAAAGUAAAUUAAGGAAAAUGCCCUCACUGGUUCCCACAUUAUUGAUGACAGGUUUGUUUGUGCUUUGUCAAACCCGUGGAGACUCUUGUACUUGAUCCCCACCCACCAAUUCUAAAGUAGCUUUUUCCGGACCAGAACCUUGAUUUCUCUGUACCAAGUGUAUGGUAUUGAAUGGCUGCCCUGCAGAAGAUGUGAUAAAUUACCCUGUAGUGUGAGAUUAUCUUACUCCCCUGCACAGGUGUGAGCACGUGUUGGCUCUCUCUCCCUGUCAAGUUUACUGUGUUUAAAACUAAACUGCUGCAAAAGUUUUCAAUGUUCUUUUCCAACACACCUCUCUCUAUGUAUACAUAUAUAUAUAUAUAUAUAUAUAUAUACGGACACACAGUCACCCAGGCUAGUUCCCAUCGCUCCUGGAGCUAUGUGUAUGCACAAAACUACAUAUACAUAGUUGCUUUCUUUUUUUUCCAUGGUAGCUCUUUGCCUCUCAAGCUUCAUUGAUAUACAUGCAUCGCUCUUAUCUGUCUGGCAUCACAGUUCCCAGUUUUGCCUCAGGGCAAAACCAACCAUCCCAUUGCCAAAACCGUUGAUAGUAUCUGUGUUUGUAAUGUGCAUUUUUCAGGAUGCAGUUACAGAUCGCAUGUCAGAGCUGCUUCCCCUUUGGAGAAAGUAAAGCCUGAUUAUCUAGGUGUUCGGCUGCUAUCGCUGAAGGUAGGCCAGUCAGGAUGAGCAGCUAUAUAGUCUUCACUUCUGCCUUUCUGAGAUUGGCGAGCUGAUGGGGCAUAUAAAUCCACCCCAACAGAGCACUACAAAAGAGAAAAGCUCCUAUAUAUUUCCACUUCUUUAUAUUUAUGCAAUUCACCUUCACAGAUGUCCUAAAAUAAAAUAGGUGAUGUAUGCUGUAUCCCCAAAUCAUCUGUAACAAUUAUGUCUCCAGUGCCGUUUCAUUCCAAAUAAACCUUUGGUAAUCUCUAGUGGUGACCUCA